CAGAGAAGGUCCCGCCCACCUCGCCUCCUGUCACCUUUGGACCAGUUUGGUGCCAGCGGGUCGAUGCGGCUGCGGCUCAGGGUGAGAUGGCCAUGUGGACGGUGGGUCUCGGGGCCCUGGGAGCUGCAAUCGCUGGCAUCUUCCUGGCCAACACUGACCUCCUGAUGCCCAAGCCCGAGUCUGCUACGUUAAGCUACCUGUCGGCAGCCGAUCUGAGGACCCUGGAUCAAGGGGGACUUGCAUUUAAAGCAAGCGACUUGUGGCAAAGUAAUGGAGCAGUAAUAAUGGUGGUUCGAAGACCGGGAUGAUUCUUGUGCCGGGAGGAGGCUGCUGGCAUCUCCUCUCUGAAACCCCAGCUCGACGAGAUGGGCAUCCCUCUUUACGCAGUCAUCAAAGAAAACAUCAACCAUGAAGUGAAGGAAUUCCAGCCCUAUUUCAAAGGAGAAAUCUUUCUAGAUGUCAAUAAGUGCUUCUACGGGCCCAAGCAGCGGAAGCUGGGGCUCAUGGGGUUUGCCCGCCUGGGGGUUUGGAAAAACUUCAUCCGAGCCUGGCGUGAGGGCUUCACCGGGAACAUGGCCGGAGAAGGCCUCAUCCUUGGAGGAGUGUACGUCAUCGGAGCUAAGGAUCAGGGCAUCCUCCUGGAACACCGGGAGAUGGAGUUUGGAGAUAAAGUUGACCACCAGUCCCUGCUCGAGGCCGUUGGAAAGAUCAAGCCUCUGAUCCGCACUAAAUCUGAGCAGUAAACCCUGGAUAACGGCAGCUGAUGGCUUGAUUCUAAACGAAACAUGUCCCCAGCAUUAUAAACGCGGCCCCCAGCAAUCUAAACACAGCCCCCAACAAUCUAAAUGCAGCUCCCACCAAUCUAAAUGCAGUACACAACUAUUUAAUUGCAUUACCCGAAAUUUAAAUGUAGUAUUCAUAACCUAAACAGCCCCCAACAAUAUAAAUGCCACAAGCAGUCCGCUGCAAUCUAAACAACACGCAUAUUAACCAACCAUCUGAACACAGUACCCA